GCGAAGCAACUUUUCACCGGUGUCUUUAUCCGACGUUGAAGAGAACAGACGUUGGUACUUUUAUAGUAUUUUUUUUUUGUAAGAAUGCUGAUCAAAACUUUGGUCAUCGCCGUUGUCGCGAUUCAACUGGUUUCCGCCAGGCCAGGAGUCGAAAAUAACCAAGAUGGUGAUGAAAGUAUGCACGAGGUGAGGAGGAUCAAGAGGAAAAUCCCGGGAGUCUCACCUGACGAAGAAAACACCGCCGAAUUUUGGAGAAAGAAGGCUCAGCUCAUUUUAAAUGAUAAAUUGCAGACCAAGGAAAACACCAAUCGUGCGAAGAAUGUAAUCCUCUUCCUUGGAGACGGCAUGUCCAUCCCAACGUUGGCUGCUGCCCGCGCCUACGAAGGUCAGAAGAAGGGACAAACCGGCGAAGAGAACUAUUUGUCUUUCGAGGAAUUCCCGUACACUGGGCUUUCCAAGACCUACUGCGUUGACACCCAGGUUGCAGAUUCCGCUUGCUCCGCCACUGCUUACUUGUGCGGAAUUAAGGCCAACAUGGGAACCAUCGGUGUUACCGGAAGUGUUCCAUACAGCGAAUGCGAACCAUCCAAGAACGAAUCCACCCAUGUCACCUCCAUCGGCAGGUGGUCUCAGUUGAAGAACAAACGCACCGGUUUAGUUACCACUACCAGGGUAACUCACGCUUCUCCUUCAGGUGUUUAUGCAAGCGUUGCCGAUCGUGAAUGGGAAUGCGAUACUGAUGUUAAGAUCCUCGGAGACGACCCCAAGGAGUGCAACGAUAUCGCCUACCAAUUAGUCAACGGAGAGACCGGAAAGAACUUGAACGUCAUCUUGGGAGGUGGUCGUGGUAAAUUCUUGCCGAAGACAAUCGUGGAUGAGGAAGGACAAAAGGGAAAACGUAGCGACGGUGUGAAUUUGAUCGAAGAUUGGUUGGAGCAGAAGUCCGGAGUAAACGCCGAGUACGUUUGGAAGCGCGAUGAUCUUCUGAACCUUCCAGAGGAAACCGACUACGUUUUGGGACUGUUCGAAAGCUCACAUUGUAAUUACGAUAUGGACCGCACCAAGGAUGACCCAAGCUUGGCCGAGAUGACCGAAGCAGCCAUCAAGAUUCUGCAGAAGGGCGAUGACGGAUUCUUCCUGUUCGUUGAAGGCGGUAGGAUCGAUCACGCCCAUCAUGAUACCAAGGCCCAUAAGGCUUUGGACGAAACCGUGGCCUUCUCGGACGCCAUCCGCAGAGCCAAGGAACUCACCAACAGCGAGGACACUCUUAUUGUUGUCACUUCCGAUCACGCUCACACCAUGUCCGUAAACGGUUACCCAACAAGAGGAAACGACAUUUUGGGUAUCUCCGGCAUUGCCGACGACCAAUUGCCCUAUUCCACUCUCAGCUAUGCCAAUGGUCCAGGAUACAGGAAGGAAGAAGAUGGCAAACGUCACAAUAUCUCUGAAGAUAACAUGCAGGACAAAGAAUACAAAUUUCCAUCUUUGGCUCCGUUGAGUUCCGAAACUCACGGUGGAGAUGAUGUUGGUAUCUUCGCAACCGGACCCUGGGCUCAUCUUUACCGCGGCGUCAUCGAACAGAACGCUAUUCCUCAUAUCAUGGCUUACGCAAGUUGCGUCGGUGACGGAGUCACACUCUGUGAUCAGUAAAUCUGUACUAUUUCGACUUCUUCAAAGUAAUUUCUGAUGAUUGAAACAGUUCUUUUACAAAUUUGGUGAUUAAAUAGUGAACGCAAAUAGUAUCUGAUUUCCAAAACAACAAAGUUCCUACAAUGUAUUAUAAAUGUAUAUUAAAUAACAUGAAUGAGAUUUAUAUAGAGUCUUAGAUAAUAUAUUACAAAUUAUUUAAACAAA